AUGCUGGUGAGGGAUGUGGUGCUGGCAACCUUCUCCCUGCUUCAGACUUGGGUUGGGCUCCUGGGGAACUUAACACUGUUCACGCUGUACAUCUGUAUCUUCAUUUCUCGGCCCCAGCAGAGGAAGUCCACAGACCUGAUCCUCACACACCUGACCAUAACCAACUCAGUGACACUCCUCACUCAGGGUGUUCCUGUGCUGAUGUUUCUCUAUGGGACUGAAAAUCGUUUGGGUGAAGUGGGUUGCCAGAUUUUUGUCUACAUCAGGAGAGUGACCCGAGGUCUUACCAUCUGCACCAUGUGCCUCCUAAGCAUGUACCAGGCCGUCACUAUCAGUCCCAGCACCUCCCGCUGGGCUCGGCUCAAAUACAGAGCCCCAGAGAGCAUCCUCCCUUCCUUCCUCUUCUUCUGGAUCGUCCACCUCUUCAUGUAUGCCAACCUGUGGACAACCACUGCAGCCAGUGAAAAUAUCACUCUCUCAGUUAGUAAGUAUAAUAUAAAAUACUGUCCCAGUGUAUUUUGGAUGAGUUUCUUAACUGACACUGCAUUUUUAAGUGUGAUUACUUUCCGAGAUAUCUUCUUUGUGUUUCUCAUGACCUGUGCCAGUGGGUACAUGGUGAUUGUAUUGCAUCAACACCACAAGCAAGUCCAGCACAUCCACAGCACCAGCCACUCCCCAAGAUCCUCCGCGGAGACCAGAGCCACCCAGACCAUCCUGCUCCUCGUCAUCUGCUUUGUGUCCAUAUACUGGAUCACCAGCAGCAUCACGCUCUCUUUCAAUUUUGUGGCGGAAGACUUUCAGCUAAAUGAAACACUAGCAUACCUUUCUGCAUGCUACCCAUCCCUCUGUCCCUGGGUGCUGAUUAGCAGUGAUCCAAGGGUCCCCAAGCCCCCAUCUUUCUUCAAAAAGGUUAGAGGCCUCUCUGCUCCCCCAGCUAAUAAUAAUACCAACUGUGGAAUUCAUUGA